UGCCUUUUCGUUAUUUUCUGAAGUAAAUUCAGUGUCGGCACUCGGCAUAUCAGCAGUGAAAAUAUAUAGCUGCAUUGAUGUAAUUUGGGAAUAUCGAAAUUAUACGUGAACAGACACUCCCAAACAAAUACUGCAAAUAAAAACAGCCCUGCCUGAAGAAAAUAAGAAAUCAAAGUGAAGUUCUUAGAUAAGAAGCAUAGGAUGAUGGAAAGACACAAAGAAAUCUCGUUUGAAACAUUCCUCGAAGGUUCCAAAAUGGAGUAGUUCUACAUUUGUUGUUGUUCUAAGAAGACAACGUGUGUGAUUUUGUUUAUCAACCUGCCAGCCAAAUAUUGAUUAACGUGUGGAUUCCUGAUUUCUCUCUGAUCAAGAAACUACAGGAAGAGGAAAUAGAUGGUGCACCAUAAUUACCUACAAGACAAUAAACACUUCUUUUGAGUGGUACCUACUGGAUGCUGAUUGUGUCUUGACCUUUGUGUAUUUUUAUUCAGUCAUCAAUGUAAGUGAUGUGGAUCUGGAGAAGCCCUGAGCAUUGGCUCGCCCCCUCCAGCGACAGAAGCAUGCCCUCUCCCUCUUAAAUGGUAAUAGAAGCCGUUCAUGUGGGAACGGUUGGCGGCACCGUGGCAGGCGUCUGGCUGCUGCUGCUGGCGGGCCUGUGGGGCGGCGCCGCAGCAGGAAUCCUGCUGGCGCAGUACCCUGGCCCGCAGGACGAGCCCUUGCGCUUCACGCACAUGGCCGUCGAUCCCGAGACUCAGAGGGUGUUCGUGGGCGGCACGAAUUGCCUUCUGCAACUCGACAGCGACUUGCACCUAGUGCACCUAGUGACCACGGGCCCUAGGAACGACAGCCCGCUGUGCCAUGCCACCGGGUGCAACGAUCCUUCGAUACACGCGACGCUAAUGGACAACUACAACAAGAUACUGCUCAUCGAGCCCGAGACGAGGACCCUCAUCUCUUGUGGCUCGUUGGCGCAAGGCGCUUGCUACAAGUACAAACUGAACAACUUCAGCGCCGAGCCGCUCUUUAUACCGAAGAGCAUCGCAGCGAAUGACGCUAACGCCUCCACUUACGCUUACAUAGGCCCCAAGAAGUACAACCUCUGGGGACGUUCCAACAUCCUCUACGUCGGAACCACGUUCACGAACUUCGGUGAAUAUCGGCACGAUGUACCAGCGAUAGCUAGCCGAGAUCUGGAAACGUUAGAUAUAGCUGAGCUGACGUUCAGUAAGCAGUCGCUGCUCAGCAUCGAUGUCAAAUAUCGGGACCACUUCAUCGUACAGUAUGUAUACGGGUUCAACGCCAGCGAUUAUGCGUACUUCGUUAUCGUCCAGAAGCAGUCGCAUCUACCGGGUCAGGAGGAGCAGGGUUACGUUUCACGGUUAUCGAGAACUUGCAUCAACGAUCCCAACUAUGACAGCUAUACCGAAGUAACUUUACAGUGUGUUGACUACGACACGAAAUAUAAUUUAGUGCAGGAUGCUAAGAUAACGUUGGCCAGAGAAGAGCUGGCGUCAGCUUUAGGUAUUGCAGUAGGAUCCCCAGUAUUGGUAGCUAUCUUCAGACCCGCUAAGGGAAUAACUAACGAGCCACAAAACCAAUCGGCAUUGUGUCUGUAUCCACUCAGGGACAUAGAAGGGAAGUUCAUAGAGAACAUACACAUGUGUUUUAAUGGCAGUGUCAAGUAUCGUAAUAUGGGGUACGUUUCUGGUCCCAUAUUGGACGGUAAAUGUCCCAGCAGUGGUUCAGCUGGAAAUAUACCUAACUUCUGUGAAGUCGGUCUCAAAAUAAGCGGCGUAACGCCUUUGGUAGCUACUGCAGCUAUUUCUUUUCCGAAUAUAUCCCUUUCUGCUGUUACAACGGGAUCUACCGGAAGACACGUUCUUGCAUUCCUUGGGACUAGUGAUGGUAGGAUAAAAAAAGUCCUUUUAUCAGGGCCGGAGCCUCCUGAAUAUGAAGAAGUUGUGGUCGAUGAUGGAAAUGCUGUGUUGUCAGAUACAACUGUUUCGCCUUCCGGAGAUUAUCUUUAUGUAUUGUCUACCUCUAAGAUCUCCAAAAUAAACGUGGAGCACUGUAGUACUUACACCAAUUGUUCCUCGUGUUUGGAUUCCAAAGAUCCAUACUGUGGCUGGUGCUCUUUGGAGAAACGGUGUACCAUACGGAGUGCCUGUCAACAAGCAUCUCAUAGUGCACCUCGAUGGCUAUCUCUAGGAACAGGCCAACAAUGUAUAGAUUUCGAACAAGUUCUACCGGAACGCAUUCCCAUAAACCAAAUGACGAAUGUCCGUCUGACUAUAAGGACCCUUCCUGCUCUUCCUCACGGUGCUAAGUAUAAGUGCGUUUUUGGUAACGCAGAACCGAUUGACGCUGAAAUGACAGAAAAUGGCUUGUCUUGUUUCACACCUGAGAUAUCGCGACGACCGAUAAUUCCGCCUAAAAUGGAUCAUGUCUUAGUUCCAUUGAGUGUUAGGUCUUCCGAGACCAACAAGGAUUUUGUAUCGAGAAAUUUUGCGUACUAUGAUUGUGGAAAACAUGGUACUUGUGGCGAAUGUGUCCGGUCGAAAUGGGCAUGUAAUUGGUGUGUUUACGAGAACAAGUGUACACAUAAUAUUUCAAUCUGUCAGAGGAGCAUAAUUAGUGGAGAAAACAAUCCAAAUCAUCUUCUGAUGCAUGGAUUUGGAUUUUGUCCACAAUUCAGAAGAAGAAAUGAUGCAAUACUUUUACCAAAUAACGUUUUGAAAGAGAUCGUUUUUGAAGUUAUAAAUCUACCGAAUCCUUCUUCUGUACAUACUGGCUUCCAGUGUAUUAUAGUUAUUGAAGGUGCUACAAUGCUUGUACCAGCUAGGGUUGAGGGAAAGAAUAUCAUUGUUUGCGAUAAAACUACUUAUUCUUACGAGGCAAUUGAAGGUGAAUAUGAAGCAAGUGUGAAAGUUGUUUGGAACAGAAACCAUCACGUCGAUUCCAUCAAUGUAACUCUGUACAAAUGCGACAUCCUAGGCUCGCAUAGGGAACACGCCGACUGUUCUCUGUGUGUCACACGUAACUCCAAGUACAACUGUACUUGGUGCGGGAACACCUGCCAAUACUCCGAAACCUGUCAGCAUGUGCCCCACAUCGAAUGCCCUAGACCUAGAAUCGACAUGAUCAAGCCGCUGAGCGGUCCCAUCGAAGGUGGUACCUUGGUAACGAUCGAGGGUAGUAACUUGGGGCUGAAAAAGAUCGACGUGCAGGGCAAAAUCAAGAUAGGGCAGAUACCGUGUAUCUUGGUCAACUACGAGGUAUCUGUUAGGAUCCAGUGCAUCACCGGUCCGUCUAGGGCCGAGAUGACUGCUUCUGUCAGAGUUGGGAAUGAGGCUGGGUAUACCAAGUCCUCAGUCGAGUUCAGCUACAAGGAUAUCAGACUCUCUGGAAUCUAUCCUUCGAUGGGUCCUCAAUCAGGAGGUACUCAGCUAGCUAUCACCGGCCAAUACCUGAAUGUAGGCACUGAAAUAACCGCUUACUUGGACGAGUACAUCUGUCAAGUGAAUGUCACUCAAGCUUCAAGUGGGAGACUGACCUGUAUCACUUCUCGUGCCCAUAGACCAACGAAUAUAGCUAAGCUCACGCUUAGUAUAGAUGGUGCCAAUCGCACUCUACCGGGCAAUCCAUUCAACUACACUCAGGAUCCUACGAUCAUGGAGAUCAAGCCGUUGAAUAGCUUUGUAUCUGGUGGGAAAAUGAUUUUCGUGCACGGGACAAAUUUGGACAGUAUCCAGAAGCCAGAGAUGGAAGUUUAUGGGCUGGGAGAGCCUAAUGUACCUAUAAACAGAACGCUAUGUACAGUGCUUAGCUCAACGCAAAUGGAGUGUCCUAGUCCACCUGUGAAUAGGCAUUUCAAGUACUUUAGCAGUAGAAGUCGUAGAUCACUAAGAAAACCAGCGGCAAUAAAGAUGAAGGAGCCAAAACUGUCCCUCAGGAUAGGGUUCUUAAUGGACAAUGUGCAAUCAGUGAGGGAUUUGGAAAAGCAUUUCCCAAAUCUCAGAUCUCAAUUAUUAUAUGUGGAAGAUCCGAAAUUCUUCCAGUUUCCUAACCAGAUGAAACUGUAUCAGGGCGAUAGGCUGGUGAUAGAGGGGGACAAUUUGAAUGCAGCCAGUGAGGAAUCUGACGUGGUCGUCACUAUUGGUACGAAGUCUUGCAAUGUCACAGGACUGGCGCUCAUUCAGCUUGUAUGUGUGCCCCCUGAUCAUCAGCCACCAGACACUGAUGAAAAUGGAUUCAAGACUGAAACUAACCUUCCAUUAGUAGUAGUUAGAGUAGGAAAAAGUUUAAGGUUUCCAAUCGGUUAUCUACAAUAUGACCUGUUCAAAUCAUUUGCUUUCCCACCAGAAGCAAUAAUAAUGAUAUCCUUUGGAACAAUACUGUUUGUUCUGUUUUUCGUUGCCGUACUAUUUGUUUACCGAAGAAAGUCAACUCAAGCUGAAAGGGAAUAUAAGAGAAUCCAAAUACAGAUGGACACAUUGGAGAGUAAUGUUAGGUCUGAAUGUAAAUUAGCAUUCGCUGAACUCCAAACUGACAUGACUGAUCUCACUGCCGACUUAGAAAAUUCUGGUAUACCAACUCUUGACCAUACCAGUUAUAUCAUGAAAGUUUUCUUUCCUGGGGUUAGCGAUCACCCUAUAUUGAACGCUCCUAAGGUUCGACUCAAUGGGCCAAGGACGAAUUACGAUACAGCUAUGUUGCAAUUUGAGCAGCUGAUCAAUAAUAAACAUUUUGUGCUCGCAUUCAUAGAUAUACUCGAAUCUCAGAAGUCUUUUAAUAUUAGGAAUAAAGUGAAUGUAGCGUCCUUAUUAAUGGUAGUUUUAAUGGGCAAAAUGGAGUAUGCAACAGAUAUUCUAAAAUGUUUACUAUUACGUCUAAUCGAUAAGUCUGUAAAUACAAAACACCCUCAACUAAUGUUGAGAAGAACAGAAAGUGUUGUGGAGAAAAUGUUGACCAACUGGAUGGCACUGUGCAUGUACUAUUACUUGAAAGAGUAUGCUGGCUCCUCGCUAUUCUUACUAUUCAAAGCCAUCAAACAUCAAAUAGAAAAGGGACUGGUGGAUGCUAUUACCCAUGAUGCUAGAUAUUCACUGUCCGAGGAGAGACUGUUGCGAGAAAAUGUUGAAUACAGUGUAGUGACCCUACAUAUUGUCCAAGAUGACUUAGAUGAGAAAGUCCAAUGCAAAGUCUUGGACUGUGAUACAAUCAGUCAGGUGAAAUCAAAGAUUCUAGACGCCCUGUUCAAAAACACUCCUUUCUCAUUGAGACCGUCAAUCUACGAAGUAGAUUUAGAAUGGAGGCACGGCAGGGGAGGCCAUUUGACUCUACAAGACGAGGAUCUUACCACAAAAACAAUGUGUGGUUGGAAAAAACUCAACACUUUGGCACAUUAUGGAGUCAAAGAGAGCGCGGUUAUGUCGUUGAUUUCUAGACAGAACGACAGCUUCAAUAAUUGUAAAACACCUUGCCACAACUGCGUCACAGGGAUGUACUUGAACCAUUCUCAGUCUCCAAUAAUAGCUGCUAAUGGUGAUAUUGAAACUGGAAAUAAUCCUAGAAUAUACCACUUGGUGAAACCGAUAGAUGACCAUCAGUUCCUGAACAACAAAAUGAUGGAGAGGACCCACAAGGCCAUUCCUGAAAUAUUCUUGACAAGAUUGUUAUCUACGAAGGGUACAAUUCAGAAAUUCGUCGACGAUUUCUUCUUAACGAUUUUGACGGUUAACGAAGCCUUACCUCCAGCAGUUAAGUGGUUGUUCGACUUACUAGACGAGGCUGCACGGAAACACGGCAUUCAAGAUCCUGAAGUUGUUCAUGCCUGGAAAUCCAAUAGUCUUCCCCUAAGAUUUUGGGUUAAUUUUAUCAAAAACCCAGAUUUCAUCUUUGACAUCAACAAAACUUCAACCUUGGAUUCUUGUCUGUCUGUUAUUGCUCAGACCUUCAUGGAUUCGUGUUCUACAACAGAACAUCGGUUGGGCAAAGAUUCCCCUUCAAAUAAACUCCUAUUUGCUAAGGAUAUACCGAGGUAUCGUGAAAUGGUGUCACAGUUCUACAGUGAUGUGGCGAUGCUGCCAACAAUAACUGAUCAGGAAAUGGGUUCAGCAAUGCAACAGCUGUCUGCACAACAAGCAGAAGAGUUUGAUACUGUUGCAGCUCUGAAAGAACUCUAUAUAUAUGUGGCGAAAUAUAGAGAACCAAUUCUCGAAGCUCUCAGUACAGACCCCAAUUGUCGGCGCUUACAUUUGGCGCAGAAAGUGGAAAACGUUGCUUACACAUUAGGGGGGGAUGAAACAAUGACUUGCUGACCUCAACGGUCACCUGAUCCCCUGCUGCCUAGAACCUUGGUGCCCUGAUUACAAGCGUAAUGUUCACACGCAUGCUUUUCACCGAUCCAAAUGAGAAAACUGUAUGUCAAUUCGUAAAGGUAGAGGAUGGUGUGUUUCUUCAUCUCUCAACUGAACAAUGAAUGGAUGAAUUCCAUAGCAUUUACCCAGAGUAUAAAGUUGUGCUACAACCACAGCAUAGUUUGCUGAAUGUCCCACUAAAAAAUCAAAACAGUUCAUUGAUUUUUCAUUAUUUAAACUUUCC